GCUCUCUUCGAGGAGAGGGUUGAGAUCUUAAAAAGCAAAUAAAACAACUUUCCAUGCUAUAAUUGCUAUUAAUGGAAAGGAGCCUACGCUGAAUUAAGUAGUUCAAAACUGCUUGUUCAUUAUCGGGAGCUCCCUCACUACAAGGAGGGGAAAGAAAAUGUGAAAACAAAACAAAACAAAACAAAAAAACCAAAAUCAAGAAGCCUCCUUGACUGGUCGCCGCCGAAGUGUCUAGGAGGCACCUGCCGGGCCAGGAAGCGCUCCGCCCUCCCAGCCUCUAGCGCGCCAAGGAAGCUCUAACAGCAGACAAGCAAAGCAAAAACAAAAACAAACAACAUCGAAAACGUUUAAUUUCCAACGAGAAAAUCGGAGGUGGUUUCCAAAUCCGUGUCGUGCAGGGCUUGACUGGGUGGCCCACUCAGCUGCUGAGGCCGGCCUGGUAACAGCAACGAGGCUGACGCCCCCGGCCCCGCUGGGGAGCACAGCCCACAGCUCCCCCUUGCCAGGCGCCCAAGGACCCUCAAGGCGCGGGGCUCACACUUGAAGCCUGGGAACGCUCAGACAGGAAACCCACUUCCUCCUAAGCAGUUUCUUGCUAGCCGGAUGAGAGGCGCCCAAUUGAAGCAGAAUGAUCCUCAUCGGCUAAUAUCCAGCGUGGCCACAAAGCGACCGGCCAUUUACGCCGCCACUUUAGACAAAGAUAUUUGGUUAUUCCCGGGGAAGCGAGAGCACUUUUGCAUGGCUGAGCUCCGGGAGGAGGCGAGCCUCAGCCCAGCCUCCCGCCCGCUGGGCUGCGGGCGUCGAGAUAUUCGCCUCCUCCCGGACAGCGAGUUCCACCGGGGUUCAGAUUCAAUUUCACUCUGCAACGGACCCUCGGGCGCUCACGCGGCUCCCUGCCCGGGCUCUCCCUGAAGCACCCGAAGGGAAAACAACGGGGAUCUGGGCUGGAGUGCUGGGACUGUGAUGUCCUCGGAAGUCAGCACUAGCUUCCGAAGCCGGAGUAUCCAGGCCAUGGGCCAGGGUCAGGGGCACCAGACUCGCACACUCUUUUGGUGGUGACUGGGCUCGGCGCCGUGAAGCCCGAUGUGGUCCGGAGGCGGUGGGAAGGCGCGGGGCUGGGAGGCCGCAGCGGGAGGGAGGAGCAGCCCCAGCAGGCUCAGCCGACGCCGAAUCAUGUCGAUGAGUCCAAAGCACACGACUCCGUUCUCAGUGUCUGACAUCUUGAGUCCCCUGGAGGAAAGCUACAAGAAAGUGGGCAUGGAGGGCGGCGGCCUCGGGGCUCCGCUUGCAGCAUACAGACAGGGCCAGGCGGCCCCACCGGCCGCGGCCAUGCAGCAGCACGCCGUGGGGCACCACGGCGCCGUCACCGCCGCCUACCACAUGACGGCGGCGGGGGUGCCCCAGCUCUCGCACUCCGCUGUGGGGGGUUACUGCAACGGCAACCUGGGCAACAUGAGCGAGCUGCCACCUUACCAGGACACCAUGCGGAACAGCGCUUCGGGCCCCGGAUGGUACGGCGCCAACCCAGACCCGCGCUUCCCCGCCAUCUCCCGCUUCAUGGGCCCGGCGAGCGGCAUGAAUAUGAGCGGCAUGGGCGGCCUGGGCUCGCUGGGGGACGUGAGCAAGAACAUGGCCCCGCUGCCUAGUGCGCCCCGCCGGAAGCGCCGGGUGCUCUUCUCCCAGGCGCAGGUGUACGAGUUGGAGCGGCGCUUCAAGCAGCAGAAGUACCUGUCGGCGCCGGAGCGUGAGCACCUGGCCAGCAUGAUCCACCUGACACCCACGCAGGUCAAGAUCUGGUUCCAGAACCAUCGCUACAAGAUGAAGCGCCAGGCCAAGGACAAGGCGGCGCAGCAGCAACUACAGCAGGACAGCGGCGGCGGCGGCGGAGGUGGCGGGGGCGCAGGAUGUCCACAGCAGCAGCAAGCUCAGCAGCAGUCACCGCGCCGGGUGGCCGUGCCGGUCCUAGUGAAAGACGGCAAACCCUGCCAGGCGGGCGCCCCUGCGCCGGGCACCGCCAGCCUGCAAGGCCACGCGCAGCAGCAAGCUCAGCAGCAGGCUCAGGCGGCGCAGGCGGCUGCCGCGGCCAUCUCGGUAGGCAGCGGUGGCGCGGGUUUAGGCGCACACCCAGGCCACCAGCCGGGCAGCGCGGGCCAGUCCCCGGACCUGGCGCACCAUGCAGCUAGCCCGGCAGCGCUGCAGGGCCAGGUCUCCAGCCUAUCCCAUCUGAACUCCUCGGGCUCGGACUAUGGCGCCAUGUCCUGCUCUACUUUGCUUUAUGGUCGGACCUGGUGAGACGGGAGGUGAGACUGCAUAGCCUCACCGCUUCGUCUCUGCCCGCGCAAAGACCACCACUCGCCCGCUGCUCCACGCGCUUCGACUUUUUCUUAAGAACCUGUUUGUGUUUAGACCAAGGAAAAGUACACAAAGACCAAACUGCUGGACGCCUUCUUCUUCUUCUUCUUCUUCUUCUUCUUCUUCUUCUUCUUCUUCUUCUUCUUCUUCUUCUUCUUCUUCUUCUUCUUCUUCUUCUUCUUCUUCUUCUUCUUCUUCUU